AUGGACAAUGAUAUCUUUGUUUCUUGGACACUAACCGUCCACAUUACACCCCAAAGACAGAAAUUAUACAAAUACUAUUUAGUUACGCCCGCUGGCCAUAAAACACUUGCUGCUACAGCUUUGCAUAAAGAUCCCAAACACGAUACCUACAAAUACAGCGAAGCAUUCAUUGAACAACAUUUUGCCCUCGUUGAAGACGUUGGCCUUCUUGAGCUUAAAUAUGCUAUUUCCAUUGCUAAGUGGUUGGAACGCGUCCUCAUGUUUGUUUCUCCGCACCCACCAGAUGCUCCUCUUCCUCACUUCAUACCUGAUAUAUAUGGCCCCCUACCAUGCUGUUUCACAAUUCGUUUUACAAAAACUCAAACACUGCGAUUGCCGCAUGAUCUUAUUCCAAUGAUACAACACUGCAGACAGCCAUUCCUAACCAUCAAAGGAAAAAAUGCACAUUGGCUGAUUGCCUUGAGAAACUUUCAAUUUGCUGAAGGAUGGAAUCAAUUUGCAGCAGACCAUAAACUAACCACAGGUGACAUCAUUCUAUUUAAAUAUUUAGCAAACAUGGAGUUCAACGUAGCCAUCUUUAAAAAAAACUGCCAGCAAUAAAUAUUUCCUUGGACAACACAAUUAACCCAAAAACUCCACCCAGAUCCAUUCUCGCAAAUGCAUUUUGAUAGAACUAACUUUGUUUACCAGCAAGUUAUCACAGGCUUAUCGGAUGACUUCACACAAGAUUUAAGUUUUCUGUCAUUUUUCCAUCACCUCACUGAUGAUGACGCUUUUCGCCUGGUACCUUUUAUCUUUAUACAAUUACAAUGAUAAAUUAUUACCCAAACACCCUAACUUAUAAUAUAUUUUCACAGAAACCACCAUUUAAUAUCAUC